AUGUUUUUGAUUGCUUUGGUUAUUAUGUUAGUUUGUGUUGCACCAUGUUUUGAAGCAAGAAAACAAUUGAACAGCAUGGAUAAGAAGAAGGUCACUAACCCGGCUUCUUCGGCCCCAUGCAAACAAGGUCACGUCAUAUUAGUAAAUACGAAAAAACAAUAUGUUGGUCGCCAUGUUGAUCGCAAUUUGGAGUCGGUCCCUAGUCCUGGAAUUGGAAAUUUUGAGCAUAGUAUGGAAUCAGUUCCAAGUCCUGGAACUGGAAAUUUUGAUCACAAUAUGAAAUCAGUCCCCAGUCCUGGAAUUGGAAAUUUUGAUCACAAUAUGCAAUCAGUUCCAAGUCCUGGAAUUGGAAACUUUGAUCACAAUAUGCAAUCAGUCCCCAGUCCUGGAAUAGGUAAUUUUGAUCGCCCUAGUCUUGGAAUCAGCCAUGUUCAUCGCAAUUUGAAAUCAGUAUCGAGUAUUGAAAUUGUUAAGUCUGAAAGUCAUUCAGGCCCUAGUCCUGGAGAAGGCCAUGUUUAUCGCAAUUUGAAGUCAGUCCCAACUCCUGCUAUUGGCAAUGUUCAUCACAAUUUGAAAUCAGUCUCAAGUAUUGGAAUUGUUAAGUCUGAAAGUCACUCAGGCCCUAGUCCUGGAGAAGGCCAUGUUUAUCGCAAUUUGAAGUCAGUCCCAACUCCUGCUAUUGGCAAUGUUCAUCGCAAUUUGAAAUCAGUCUCAAGUAUUGAAAUUGUUAACUCAGAAAGCCAUUCAGGCCCUAGUCCAGGAGAAGGCCAUGUUUAUCGUAACUUGAAGUCAUUGUAA